UCUCAACCUAUUUACAUUCAAAUUUUCCCUGCUCCACUGGGACUCAGGAGCAUCUGCUGAGCCAGGUCACUCUCUGUGUCCUACCCUUGACUUUUCUCAUUGCGGAAACUGCCAGACAGCAGUGGGCAGUGCCCAGCCUGAGGGGAUGGCUUCAAAUGGAGCAUACCCAGUGCUGGGAACGGGCGUGACCGUGAACCCUGGUGCCUCCCUUUCUGUGUUCACAGCUCUGCCCUUUACCACACCUGCUCCCGGCCCAGCACACGGGCCACCCCUCGUGACUGCAGCGGUUCCUCCCGGCAGCCCUCUGGUGCUGUCUGCCUUCCCCAGCACACCUCUGGUGGCAGGACAGGAUGGCCACGGCCCGAGUGGGGCUGGGGCUUCUAAUGUCUUUGUCCAGAUGAGGACAGAAGUGGGGCCUGUGAAGCCCCCUCAGGCACAGACCAUGGUCCUAACUCAGAACCCCCUUGUCUGGCAGGCUCCAGGCACCCUCUGCGGAGGUGUCAUGUGUCCACCUCCCCUACUCCUGGCAGCUGCUCCUGUGGUGCCUGUUAUGGCUGCCCAGCUGGUUGGGGGCACCCAGGCCUGUGAGGGAGGCUGGUCCCAGGGCCUUCCUGUUCCACCACCACCACCACCGACCGCCCAGAUGGCCCUCAUCGUGUCCCAAGCUGGGCCAUGGCCACAAGGGGCUCAUGGAGAGGGCAGCCUGGCUCCCUCCCAGGCCAAGGCCCCACCAGACGACUCCUGCAAUCCCAACAGUGUCUGUAAGAACUUCCAACUCUGGCAGCGCUACAAGCCCCUGGCCCGGAGGCGCCUUCCCCAGAGUCCUGACACCGAAGCGCUUUCCUGCUUCCUCAUCCUAGUUCUCCGAUCCCUGGCCCAGCGGAAGCCCACCAUGACGCUGGAGGAGGGACUGUGGUGGGCCAUGCGGGAAUGGCAGCGCACGAGCAACUUUGACCGGAUGAUCUUCUACGAGAUGGCGGAAAAGUUCCUGGAGUUCGAGGCUGAGGAGGAGAUGCAGAUGCAGAAAGCACAGUGGAUGAAGGGGACCCAGAGCCUGCCUCCUCCAGCCCCGCCGAGGCUUGAACCUCAAGGACCCCCGGCCCCUGAGGUGGUCAAGCAGCCAGUGUACCUUCCCAGCAAGGCCGGCCCCAAGGCCCUGACUGCCUCCCUGCCACCACCCAGGCCCCAGAGGCCAGUGGAGACCAAGGCCCGCCUGCCACCACCCAGGCCCCAGAGGCCAGCAGAGACCAAGGUCCCCGAGGAGAUCCCCCCAGAAGUGGUGCAGGAGUAUGUGGACAUCAUGGAGGAGCUAUUGGGGCCUCCCCUCGGGGCCACGGGGGAACCUGAGAAACAGCGGGAAGAGGGCGAAGUGGAGCAGCCACAGGAAGAGGAUUGGACGCCCCCAGACCCGGGCCUCCUAAGCUACAUUGACAAGCUGUGUUCCCAGAAAGACUUCGUCACCAAGGUGGAGGCUGUCAUUCACCCCCGAUUCCUGGAGGAAUUGCUUUCCCCAGAUCCACAGAUGGAUUUCUUGGCCCUAAGCCAGGAGCUGGAGCAGGAGGAGGGACUCACCCUUGCCCAGCUGGUGGAGAAGCGCCUCCUACCUUUGAAGGAGAAACAGCAUGCGAGGGCAGCCCCUAGUCAUGGCGUGGCCCGGUUGGACUCAAGUCCUUCUAAGUUUGCAGCUGGUCAAGGAACAGAGAGAGACAUCCCUGACCCCCAACAAGGGGUUGGCAUGGAAACCUGCCCACCCCAGACGGCUGCCCGGGACCCUCAGGGACAAGGCAGAGCACGCACCGGCAUGGCCAGGUCCAAAGACCCAGCGGUGCCUUUGGGAUGUCAGGAUUUCCCCGGGCUGAGGGCUGCUCGGUCAACCUCUCCUCCCCAGGACCACAGACCCACCUGCCCUGGCCUGGGGAUCAAGGACGCCUUGGAUCUCCCUGGAGGGUCUCCUGUCAGGGAGUCACACGGACUGGUUCAGGGGUCAAGUGAGGAGGAGGAGCUCCCCAGCCUGGCCUUCCUCUUGGGUUCCCAGCACAAGUUCCUGCCCUGGAGGCUACCCCAGAGCCCUGUCCCUGCCUUGGGCCUUCUCAGCCCAGAAAAGUGGGGACCCCAGGGAGCUCUUCAGUCCCAAUCUGCUCAGAGAAGAGGCCUCAGCCUAGCCACGAAGUCCAAGAAGCGACCUCUCUUCAGAAGCCCAUCCCCUGCUAAAAAGACAUCCCACCCAGGGCCUGGGCUCAGGGUCUCUGGGGAGCAAUCCCUGGCUUGGGGGCUGGGUGGCCCCUCACAGUCUCAAAAGAGAAAGGGUGACCCCUUGGUCUCCAGGAAGAAGAAGAAGCAGCAUUGUAGCCAAUAG